GAGUGGGUUAUGCGAGUCACGAGGAGUUGGGAAUACGCGUUGUGGUGGCUGGCUUCCUGCUGUCAAACCAUAUGCUCUGUUAGGCCAUUGCUUAAUGGGCUCCUCCAUAUGACCCGAACACUGAGAGAUCCAAAACAAUCUUGAUUUGGGCUUUAAUAAUGACUAGUUCAGGCUCAAAUCCACAUCUGAAGCCCACCAAGAAAUUUUAUAUCCAGAUUGAGAUUUUAUAUCACAGGGAAGAUGAAUUGACAUGAGAACGCAUUCCACCCCUGCAGCUUCUCUGCCCGGUUGCUUAUGUUCUCGUUCGAUUCCAUUUCACCAAACUCGUCUCUCAAGAAAACAUACAUCUUUUUCUACCAUUUCCCUAAUCAGAAACUGUUCUCAGUCCAAUGAUUUGUGUGUCUCUCUUACACCAACUCCAGCAACGGGUUGCACCAAAAACCACAACCCCAAUAACUCCGAGCCCGACCCGAGUCGAAACCAGAGGCUUUUUCAGCAGUUCUACUUGUCUAUCAUCUCUAUAAAACCCGCUGAGAAAAACCCAUCAGCAAGUAAUCAGAAAGAAGAUCUGGGUCAAGAGGAUCGGAAUAGGAGCGUCAAGAAAGGCAAGGGAUUUUUGACAAACAUGUGGUGGGCGAAUCUGAAAUCAGCAAUAGGGCAGAGAUUAAACGUAGAAGGUAUAGUUUGUUCUGCAUCUGUCAUUACUAAGGACCGGCAUUUGGCGCUCCCACAUGUGGUUGUGCCUGAUGUGAGGUACAUUGAUUGGGGUGAACUGCAGAGGAGGGGGUUCAAGGGCGUUAUAUUUGACAAGGACAAUACAAUUACCGCUCCUUACUGUUUGACGAUUUGGGCACCUCUCAAAUCCUCACUUGAACAGUGUAAAUCCGUCUUUGGCCACAAUGUAGCUGUGUUCAGCAACUCUGCUGGGCUUUAUGAGUAUGAUCAUGACGGUUCGAAAGCUAAAGCGCUCGAGAGGUCGAUCGGAAUAAAAGUUAUAAGGCAUAGGGUGAAGAAGCCUGCUGGCACAGCUGAAGAAAUCGAGAAACACGUUGGUUUUGCUUCUUCACAACUUAUUAUGGUGGGUGAUCGACCAUUCACAGAUGUGGUUUUCGGGAAUCGCAACGGUUUUCUAACUAUUUUAACUGAACCCUUGAGACUUUCUGGGGAGACAUUUGUUGUUAGGCAGGUAAGGAAAUUAGAAAUAUUCCUGGUGAAACGUUGGCUUAAGCAUGGAGUAAGACCUAUUAGUCAUCGCCUAUUGCCAGACACUAAACAGUGCAUUAAAGAUCCGUAACCUCUUUAGUGUUUUUGAAAAUUUUGCCCGGUAGAUAUCAUGAAAAACUGAAGAAUCACUCUUUUUGUCCACUGGCCGUAUAUUACAUUAGCUAUUGGUUAUACACCUGAGUUAAAAUAUAGUAGACUGUAUUCUUGGAUCGGCAACAAUAGUGAAAUGUAGAAAGGGUUUUCCUUUUAUGAGAUCUUUAUCUC